UAAAACGAAAUAAUACCGUGAUAAUUUCUUCCCGGAGACAGGUGGUGGGUUGCAGCACGGGCUCUCGUGGGCGAGUCUGUCGCUCUCCGACGCCACCAAUCGGAAGCCUCAUUUCGGCUGAUUCCGCUGUGGGUCGAAGCCAAAGAGUUUAAGUAAGUUGAUCGAGCAAAAGGUAAGAGAAAAUGAAGGAGCACGAGAAGUUGACGCUGGUACUAUGCUUGAUAUGGACGGCGACCAUCCUUUACGGCGAGAUGUUCUCAUUUUUGAUGCCGUCUCGCUUCUCUUGCUCUUGGCCUCACCUUUCCUCCUCUUCUACUUCCAAUUCCUCGAUGAAUGGACGAGGAUAUGCCAGUGAUUAUGUCAAAGUUGCUGUUCUUGCUGAUCCCCAGAUCAUGGAUAAAACCUCGCUUCAUCUGCCUCCCAAAUCACUUGCUUUGGAGAUUGUUCAAUUCUAUACAGAUUUAUACAUGCGUAGAGCCUUUUUUUCAUCAAUCCUGCCUUUGAAACCAGAUGUGAUUUUGUUUUUAGGUGAUUAUUUUGAUGGGGGACCUUAUUUAUCAGAAAAAGAAUGGCAGGAAUCAUUAAGCCGUCUUGAGCAUAUGUUUGGUCUAAGUACAGAAGAAAUAUAUUCCAGAAUAAAAGUUUACUACCUUCCUGGAAACCAUGACAUUGGUUAUGCAAGUCUUCAAUCUCAUAAGCCAGAGGUGGUUAGACGGUAUGAAAAAGAAUUUGGGAGCAGAAACUAUCGAUUUGUGGUUGGAAAAGUGGAAUUCAUUGCUGUCGAUGCUCAAACUCUAGAUGCGAAUCAACACGGUAGUGUUGCUUCAGCAUCUUGGGAUUUUGUUAGCAACGUUUCCUCAGAUCAUCAAUUACAUCCAAGGGUUUUGUUGACCCAUAUUCCUUUAUACCGGCCAGAUUGGACUGAUUGUGGACCACAUCGUAGCUCUCCAAUUAUCAAUCAGCGGGUACUGCAUUCUAUUCAUGAUCAAGAAAUAAGGUACCAAAACUACAUCACUGAGGAGUCAUCAAGCCAGUUGCUGAACUCAAUCAAACCGGUACUUGUUUUAUCUGGUCAUGAUCACGAUCAGUGUACUGUGGUUCACGAGGCAAAGAGUGGAUCUGUAAAAGAGCACACUUUAGGGACCAUAAGUUGGCAGCAAGGGAACCUAUAUCCAUCUUUCAUGCUAUUAUCUGCUAGUAACUCUUCACUUCCAGACGCAUCAUGGCCAGAAAAGGCUGUACUUACUCAUCUGUGCUUUCUUCCAAUGCAAACGCACAUUUACAUAUGGUAUCUUGUACAAUUUGUUCUGACCAUUCUGGCUCUCCUUUUGUGGCCAACAAGUGGUUUGAGCUUUUGUCAUUAUUUUGGUGAUCUGAUGGAAUGUGUCAGAAAAUCAAUGAGUUUAAGCAUCUUUAGAGAUGGGACAAAAGAGAAAAAUGAAGAUGAGAAUUGUGAGUAUGAGAUGGUUUGGGGUGCAGAUGGAUCAAUGCAUCUUGUUAAAAAGCUUUUAGCCAAACCUGUGGCACGUACAAGUGAUAAGGGCUCGGUAGAGAGGGGUAAUGCUGUGAUGAGACCAACUGCCAAAAAAAAUUUUAAUCAGGAGACAGAGGUCUGUUUGAGUGUGGAAACCAAUGCAAAUGCCGAGCUUGAUCCAAAAAAAAUACCAUCUAGAGCAAGCAAAUCAAAGGCAAAGAUCAUAAUACAGAGAUUGGUUCGUACCUUCCGAAUGCUUACACUCAUUGCUGCGGUGAAUAUCCCUCUCUACAUGAUGUUGUUGUUCAAGGAUUGGAUUGACAAAUGAUGCUGGUAUUAAACAUCGAAAUAUGCUGCCUUACUGAGUUUCUACAUUAUACACUAGGCAUACCAUGCCAGAAAGCAUUUCACCUUGAAGUUCUAGCGGGUAAAUCAUAUUAUAACAAUCUGAUAAUCUUUUGUAUUUUUCUAACAGUCUUUACUGGUAGUCAGAAGCAUGCCUCUUUUUUUGUACGAUGAGAUCAAGAAUAUAUGAGCCUGAGAAUGUGAAAUAGAUAAUUUAUGAAUGUGUUAAAUUUACUAGA